ACCAUUGUUCUAUUAUUUUGUUUGAUACAGAUCGGUAGUUCUUGCAUUCACAAUGGAGUCUCCUCCAAACAAAGAGAUAGCUUUGGCCCCAGUAUCGGUCUUAUGGGACAUGAAGAGGUGUCCGGUUCCCGAUGGCUAUGAUGCUCGUCGGAUAGGUCCGUGUAUUAAACGGAGUUUGAGGAGGUUAGGCUACUCUGGUCCUAUCACCAUCACUGCCGUUGGCUCACUAGCAAAGGUCACUUCCACUGGAAUCUCUCUUAGGCAUUCCCCCUACAGUUAGUAUAUCUUCUCAUCCUUUUUAAUGAUUCCCAAUUGCUAGAGUUAUUAAGUAGACAUGGUAUAUGAUUAUAGAGAGAGUCUCAAUUCUGUUUUUGUUUCUCAAACAGGUUAUAAAGACAUGGUUUCUCUUUUCCUGUCUCGUGAUUUUGAGUCUGCACCUCCGUCUUCUAUGAUGGUCAUAUCCCGUCCAUCAGCCGCCACUCCUCCAAACUUCUCUCCUUUUCUUAGCGAGCUACGUGGGUAUGGACACAAUUCUAUUUUCCCGUAUCCAUAUGAUUCUCCUCAACAAGCCUCAUCCACUCAUGCAAGGUGCCUCUGGAAAAACUUUCUUCUGGCAGGGGCACUUGAUGAGGAGGAGGAUAGGUGCAGUGACACGGGUGAACCUGCCUUCUGGGUUUGCACUGUCUGCCGUCGUAUUGGUGACCCAGGUCUUGCUGGCCUAGGCGUUGUUGGUCGAGGCGUUGAUAAUUUCAUCACGCAUCUCUCUACUCGAGAACAUGAAGUGAAGCUUUACCAAUGGUUUCCCCCCAGUGGCGAUGUAUACUCUUACCUCGGCGAGGAACUCGAGGGGUUCAAGGAGGAGUACCAGGGGUUCGACGAGGAGGACGAGGAAGCUCCUCUUGUUUCUUUGUAGGCGAAUGCUACUACCAUGGACCAUGGUGAGUGAAGAAGCGCAACCAAAGGCCUGUUUUAAUAUCUGAAAACUAAAAGAGUGUAGGCUUUGUGAGAGGAAGACGUGAGGAAGAAUAAAUUAAGUUCUUGGUCGCAACAAGCAAUCAUAACUCUGAAAUUGC